CUUAUAUUAAUGUUGGCGACGCGACCGCCGAUUUUCCCUUAAUUCGUGCGCUGCCAGCGAUUUCCUUAUUGGCAGGACAAACCACUCCUAGCGAGAACAAAAUCCCGUUGAGAUUUUCGAGCUGACGGCGUAGCCUCUCUGGCAUAUUGUCGCUAUUUUAGUAUUUCUGGACAGUAAUGCGAAGGGACGUUUCUGAUUACAAGACCCCAACAACAUAACCACGGCUUCACGAUGAAUGGAAGGACGAGUUUGCAGGUCCGUCAUCCACAUGCUUCCACUGGGUUGGCAUUGCCAAGGGGCAAGCAUCGGAUGCGUUCCCAUUGGAUUGCAUAUUUUCUACAGGUCCAAUAUUUGGUUGGAGAUUGUUUGCAAAGACAAUCAGCAGGUGGGAUUGAUUGCCAAGCCUUUGUACCACAAGAACGGGUUUCAUUGCAUUCGGAGGGUCCUACUUAGCGCAUCGAUGCUGGCCCUGUGACAAGACCAUCCAUCUACUAAGCGAGCUCGCGCGGUGACGAGCACGCAAGUGGCAAGCUGCACAUGCCAAUGGAAGAAAAGCAAAACAGGUUUACUAUGUAUAUG